CAGACCCCAGCAGAGGACAGCAAAGCUCAGCGGGAAGAAGAUACAGCCCAGGACAAAGAGCAGAGGCAUGCCUGUCUGGGGUAGAGAAGACAAGACAAGCAAGGAUAGAGAGGUGUUAAAGGGCUUCUGGCAGCAAAAGGAGCCUUUGUCCUGGAAUAAUCAGAUGUGUUGAAAGAGAACUGGAAAGAGAAUGGCUUUCAGGAGUGUCUGAACAUCCCGAUAAGGAAGGCCGACACACCAGCCAGUCCUGGCUGGGACUGCAGUCCCAAGCUACCAGUGCCUCUGGAAGGCAGCUGGCAGCGCCCACAGGGAGAGGGGCAGCGAGGGGUGGCACUGCCACCAUGCCCAUCAAGGCUCCGACGACUUCGGCCGCAGCUUUCCUGCCCCAGCCUGGCCCCUCAGGCGUUUCCUCUUUAUACAGAGAAGAAAAUGGACUCAGCGAGGCGCGGUGACUCGGCCGAAGUCACACAGCCAGUUGGCGGCAUAGCCCGGGGGCUCAGUCUGGCUUUUGUGGCGCCGCAGGACCCAGCACACGAUGUGGAUCUGAGCUAGGCGUGUAGUGGCGGGAACUCGCCCCUUCUAUUCACUCCUGGACUGACCGGCGGUGUCCUGCCCCAUGGACGCCUCCUCUAGCCCGUGGAAUCCAACCCCGGCUCCUGUCAGUGGCCCCUCCCUGCUGCUCCCCAUCCCGGCCAUCGUCGUGCUCUCCGUGGGCAUCUAUCUGUUGCUGUUGGGUCUCGUGCUGCUGACCAGGCACUGCCUGCUGGCCCAGGGCUGCUGCACAGACUGCAGCUCCCCCUGCAGGAAGCAAGGCGCCUCCAGGCCCCAAGACUGUUGCCAGACCUGCGCCGAAGCCUGUGACUUCCCCCUGCCCAGCCCAGCCCGCUACUUGGAUGCCUGCUGCCCCCAGCCCGCCGAAGCUGACUGGGCCCCUCGCUGCCCUCGCUGCUGCCCGCUCUGCGACUGUGCCUGCGCAUGCCAACUUCCUGAUUGCCAGAGCCUCAACUGCCUCUGCUUUGAGAUCAAGCUCCGAUGACGAUCCAGGGUCCCUGCUCUUUGGAGAGUGGCCAGCCCCCAGGGGCCACAGGCCCUGUUCCCUGAGGGGACUCAGGACACCUUUCUCCAGGCCAUUGGAACCACAAAUGGCCUGCCCAGCUCACCGACCUGGGAACCAGCAGUGGAGAGCCUGGCUCCCUGCAGAGCGGGACUCACAGAGCCCUUGGCCAGCAGGACGGCAGCCCCUUUGCAGGGCCAGAAGAGAGAGGGGCUGGUGCUCCAGCAGGUCCCCCUGCCCUUGACUCCCCCUCCCCAAGUAACUGAUCAUAUUUGAAGAUCGCUGUCCAGAGAUUUAUUUCUCUCGACAGCCUGUUGAGGGCCUCAGUCUGGAUUUCCAAGGAAGAAAUCUCUGAAGUACCGGUGGGCGCCAGUCGGACGGAGCGGGGUUGGAGUUGGGCUGAAGGCUCCGGGAUUUAAGAGGGGAGACCCGGCCGGUAGGAUGGGGAGGCUCGGAAAGGAUCUGGGAGGCCGACAGCCGGGGACGGAUUUGAUUUUGGAGAGGGAAGUCGGCGCCAGGGAGUUUUGCAAGGACUCUGGUCCCACAUCCCCAGACUUGCUCGGGCCGACUGGCGGCCCGAGCGGCUUCCCGCCGGGUCCGGCUUCCGCGGGAGGGCGGCGGGCGCGUGCGCACUCGCGGGCCACGUUGGCUCUCCCGAUCCCGGGAGCCGGACCUGCCGGGAUGGAGCGCGGACGCGGCGGGGAUACCCGCCGGGCGGGAAACCCGGAACCGCUGCCGGCUCGCGCUCCGGGAGCCUGCCCGCGCCGCCCUCUCCUGAGCCGGGGCGGGCAGUCGCCGGGGCCCUGGAUUCGGUUACAAUGUGACACUCGCUGCCUCAGUGCCGCCGGAAGCUGGGGCUGCCCCGGGCCGCCCGAUAGGCCUGCGGGAGGGAAGCUGAGCCUUGCUUUCUUCGGGCUCUGCCACCCGCUUUUCCUCCGACCCCACCCCAUUCUCAUCUCCUCCGGGGCCCAAAAAUCGGCUGAGUCACGGCGCCCCGAAGCACGCCAGGAGGAGGGGAGGGGGGUCGGGAGAGGAGAGGAGGGAGGGGAGGGCCCUGGCGACCCGCGGGAUGUGGCCCGAGUCACGUCCGAGGGGGAACGAGGGGGAAGGGCUCGGGUUCUCGCCGGACAGUCCC